GAGUUAAACGGCCCCGACAGCGUCCAGAGGCUUUUAUUUGGUGUCUUUGUGUGUUUUAAAGCGACCAAAAAUGCCUUUUCUUGGACAGGACUGGCGCUCGCCUGGACAAAACUGGGUUAAAACCGAGGACGGCUGGAAAAAAACGACGAAAAACGAGAACGAGGCGAAUAACAACGUCUCUGAACGGCAUGGUAAAGAAGAGGACUACUACAAAGAGAACUUACUCCUCUCCAUUAAUUAUGAUGUGGCCACAAAGAAGCGAAAGAAGGACAUGAUGAACAACAACACGAAGAUUCCUUAUUUCCAUAAAGACCAGUGGAUUUAUGUCCACAAGGGGAGCACCAAAGAGCGCCAUGGCUAUUGUACUCUGGGAGAGGCUUUUAACCGCUUGGACUUCUGCAGCGCCAUCAAGGACACCAGGCGGUUUAAUUACGUCGUGAGGCUGUUGGAGCUGAUUGCCAAGUCCCAGCUGCCCUCGCUGAGCGGAGUGGCGCAGAAGAACUACAUGAACAUUCUGGAAAGAGUAGUGCAGAAAGUUCUGGAGGAUCAACAGAAUGUGAGGCCCAUCAAGGAGCUGCUGCAGACCCUGUAUGUGUCGCUGUGCAGUCUGGUGCAGGACAUGGGCAAGUCAGUGCUGGUGGGAAACAUCAAUAUCUGGGUGCACCGGAUGGAGAACAUUCUGCAGUGGCAGCAGCAGCUGGACAACAUUCAGAUCAACAGGCCCAAAAACACUGGGAUGACACUGCUGGACCUGCCAGUCAGUCUACAACUGAACAUCAUGCAACGUUUGUCAGAUGGACGAGACCUGGUCAGUCUGGGUCAGGUGUGUCCUGACUUAGCUGUGCUCACUGAAGACCGGCUGUUAUGGAAGAACCUCUGCCAGUACCACUUCACAGAACGACAGAUCCGCAGGCGCCUCAUCAUAUCUGAUAAGGGACACCUGGAAUGGAAGAAAAUGUACUUUAAGCUGUGCAGAUGCUACCCUCACAAGGAGCAGUACAGCGACACCUUGCAGUUUUGCACACACUGCCACAUCCUGUUCUGGAAGGAUGCAAACCACCCCUGCACGGCCAACAAUCCAGAAAGCUGCAGCAUUUCUGUGACCCCACAAGGUUUCAUCAACCUCUUCAAGUUCUGAUAGGACUUUUAUGUGCUUCCACUGUAUGUACAUAGUGUAUAUAACGUCUAAAGUGCAAUAGAUGUCAGGAUGGUUUAAAGGAAUAUUCCAGCAUUCAACCUAAUCACUACGACUUCCGUUGGUGGCAUGUGGUCAGUUACCACAGACAACUUUGGCUUUCCCUUUAUUUAUUAAAUGAACAAGGGGAAAAAUGGGCAGAUGCUUCAGUAAGUUUUCUGUGCUGGUGUAUUCCUUGAAAACCGAGGUCUGGGGAUGUCUGUCUGAAGUAUUUUGGGAGAUUACAAAAAAAGGGACAUUGGACUAUGAAUGUGAACGUCAGAGAUGUGUUUCAGAGGAAUAAGAAUGUCACUUCUAUGUAAAAAAAGUAUUAUAAGGUGUUACUUUAUUGGGCAUGAAUGUUUACUCAAAGAGAAAUUAUGCUUGGCUGAGUGCAAGCAGUUGCAUUUACAGUUGCCCUUAUGCUGCAAGGAUGCCCUCAUUUACUCUACGAAUGUCUUUUAUCUGCGAUUGGCAGUGUAUAAACUCUCGAACUGUUACAUAUUUGCAUUUGUGAAAGCAUGCUGGUGCUUUUAUUGAGAAUGUGUGGCGAGUAGGUUUGUUUACCAAAGCUGUCCGUCAUAAUGGCGUGCAAUACUUUUCUAAGUAACUUUUUUCCACUUUUAUACGUUUGAUAUUUUCCGUUUUUGUUUGUUUUAAAUCUUUGGAGUAAAUACAAAAUGUGCAAAUACUUGACUACAUUAUGACCCAUUACAACACUAAAGCAAUCUACUUUGAGGUGCCUUAAUAUUGCAUUGAUUGAAUACAAGUCUAGGAAGUGUACAUGAAAAUACAGUAACGAUAGCUGAUAUGGGGUGAACGUUUUUCCUUCUUUCCAAAUUGUGAAUAUGAUAUUCAUGACCACCUGCAUGUUAUGAAUUUGAUACCAAAGAACUUUCUCUCUUGAUUCCAUGGCUGACUGUUAUUUUGACCAGGAGACUCGAGGACGUCUUGUACGCGAUGUCCCAACACUUCUGUCCGGCCCUCUGUGGUUAUGCAAACAAUGAUGCUUGUGAAGAGCAAGCCAAAAGAGUCAUGGGCCUUGAUGGAUUAAAAAUAAAGUUCUUCUAAUGUUG